AUGCCGACGCCACCACCCGCCCACGCCCGCCUCCUCCUCGCGGCCCCACUCCUCGCCAUCCUUGCCCUCGCCGUCGUCGCUGCCAAUGCCAAUGCUGCGACGCCGCCGUCGCCAGCCGACGUGCUGCUGGCGUGGAAGUCGAGCCUGGGCAACCCGGCGGCGCUGUCCACGUGGACGAACGCCACCCAGGUCUACAUCUGCACCACCUGGCUCGGGGUCUCCUGCGACGCCGCCGGCCGCGUCGUGUCGCUCCGUCUGCGCGGGCUCGGCCUCACGGGCGGCCUGGACGCGCUCGACCCGGCCGCGUUCCCGAGCCUCACAUCCCUCGACCUCAAGGACAACAACCUCGCCGGCGCCAUCCCGGCGUCGUUCUCGCAGCUGCGCGCUCUGGCCACGCUCGACCUGGGCAGCAACGGGCUCAACGGCACCAUCCCGCCGCAGCUCGGCGACCUCUCGGGCCUCGUCGAACUCCGCCUGUUCAACAACAACCUCGUCGGCGAUAUCCCUUAUCAGCUGAGCAGGCUCCCAAAGAUCGUCCAGCUCGACCUGGGGUUCAACUACCUGACUAGCGCCCCGUUCUCACCGAUGCCCACGGUGGAGUUCCUCUCGCUCUCCCUCAACUACCUCAACGGCAGCUUCCCGGAGUUCGUGCUCAGGAGCGGCAACGUCACCUACCUCGACCUGUCGCAGAACGGCUUCUCCGGUCCGAUCCCGGACGCGCUGCCGGAGCGGCUGCCGAACCUGCAGUGGCUCAACCUGUCAGCCAACGCGUUCUCCGGCCGGAUCCCAGCGUCGCUCGCGAGGCUGACGAUGCUUAGGGACCUGCACCUUGGCGGCAACAACCUUACUGGCGGCGUCCCAGACUUCCUCGGGUCCAUGUCGCAGCUGAGGGUCCUUGAGCUCGGCAGCAACCCACUCGGUGGGUCGCUCCCGCCGGUUCUUGGCCGGCUCAAGAUGCUGCAACGUCUCGUCGUCAAGAACGCCAGUCUGGUCUCCACUCUUCCGCCGGAGCUCGGCAGCCUCAGCAACCUCAACUUCGUCGAUCUCUCAAUUAACCAUCUCUCUGGGGGAUUGCCGGCGUCUUUCGCCGGGAUGAAGAGGAUGCGGGAGUUCGGCAUAUCGUUCAACAACCUCACCGGCGAGAUCCCAGGGCAGCUGUUCGCGAGCUGGCCGGAGCUCAUAUCCUUUCAAGCGCAGACGAACUCUUUGACCGGAACCAUUCCACCUGAGGUUGGCAAGGCGACGAAGCUGCUAAUCUUGUAUCUCUACAGCAACAACCUCACCGGCGAGAUCCCGUCGCAGCUCGGCGGGUUGGUGAACCUGGCUGAACUGGAUUUGUCGGUGAACUCGCUCAGCGGACCGAUACCAAACUCGUUCGGCAACCUCAAGCAACUCAAGCGGCUGGCGCUCUUCUUCAACGAGCUCACCGGCAAGAUCCCGCCGGAGAUCAGCAACAUGACGGCGCUGCAAAUCUUGGACGUCAACACCAACGACCUGGAAGGCGAGCUGCCUUCCACCAUCUCGUUGCUGAGGAACCUCCAGUACCUGUCAGUGUUCGACAACAACAUGAGUGGUACCGUCCCACCGGACCUCGGCGCAGGGUUGGCAUUGACCUAUGUGAGCUUCGCCAACAACAGUUUCUCCGGCGAGCUGCCGCAGAGACUCUGCGACGGCUUCGCGUUGAAUAACUUCACGGCGAACCACAACAACUUCAGCGGCAAGCUGCCGCCGUGCUUGAAGAACUGCUCCGAGCUGUAUCGGGUGCGGCUGGAGGGGAACCAUUUUACCGGCGACAUCUCGGAGGUGUUCGGGGUCCACCCCAGCAUGGACUACCUGGACAUCUCCGGGAACAAGCUGACUGGUCGGCUUUCAGAUGAUUGGGGACAAUACACCAAGAUCACACGCCUGAAGAUGGAUGGCAACAGCAUAUCAGGCGCCAUUCCAGCGGCGUUUGGCAACAUGACAAGCUUGCAGGAUCUCAGCUUGGCUGCGAACAACUUGGCAGGAGCUAUUCCACCUGAGCUGGGUAAUCUCAACUUCUUGUUCAAUCUCAACCUGAGCCAUAACUCCUUUUCCGGGCCGAUUCCGACAAGUUUGGGCAACAAUUCCAAACUGCAGAAAGUUGAUUUGUCAGGGAACAUGCUUAAUGGGACCAUACCAGUGGGCAUUGGCAAUCUUGGUUCACUAACCUAUCUUGAUUUGAGCAAGAACAAUUUGUCAGGGCAGAUACCAAGUGAGAUCGGUAACCUGUUUCAGCUGCAGACCCUGCUUGAUUUGAGCAGUAACUCACUGUCCGGUCCUAUCCCUUCAAAUCUUGUGAAGCUGGCGAACCUACAGAAACUGAAUUUGUCACACAAUGAGCUCAAUGGUUCAAUUCCAGCAAGUUUCUCUCGCAUGUCGAGCCUGGAGAUUGUUGAUUUUUCUUACAAUCAGCUCACUGGUGAAAUACCGUUGGGCAAUGCUUUCCAGAACUCUUCGGCUGAGGCUUACAUUGGGAACCUAGAGCUUUGCGGCAAUGUGCAAGGCAUUCCUUCUUGCGACCGCAGCUCCGCUUCAGGGCAUCACAAGAGAACGGUCAUUGAAAUAGUUUUCUCAGUAGUUGGGGCAGUGUUGCUGGCAGGCGUUGUUGCUUGCCUCAUCCUAGCAUGCAGGAGACCCAGGGAACAGAAAGUGUUGGAGGCAAGCACAAACGAUCCAUAUGAAUCCGUGAUCUGGGAGAAGGAAGGGAAAUUCACAUUCCUCGACAUCGUGAAUGCCACCGACAGCUUCAAUGAAUUCUUCUGCAUCGGUAAAGGCGGGUUUGGGAGCGUGUACAAGGCUGAGCUCCCCAGUGGGCAGGUCGUGGCCGUGAAGCGCUUCCAUGUGGCUGAGACAGGAGACAUAUCAGAAGUGAGCAGGAAGAGCUUCGAGAACGAGAUCAAGGCACUGACAGAGGUCCGUCACCGGAACAUCGUCAAGCUCCAUGGCUUCUGCACGAGUGGAGACUACAUGUACCUGGUGUAUGAGUACCUGGAGAGGGGCAGCUUGGGGAAGACAUUGUACGGGGAAGAGGGCAAGAAGAAGCUGGACUGGGGCAGGAGGGUGAAGGUGGUCCAGGGGGUUGCUCAUGCCCUGGCCUACCUCCACCAUGACUGUAGCCAGCCCAUUGUUCACCGUGACAUCACUGUGAACAACAUCCUGCUUGAGUCGGAAUUUGAGCCGCGGCUGUCUGAUUUUGGCACGGCGAAGCUGCUUGGCUCUGCUUCUACAAACUGGACUUCUGUAGCAGGAUCAUAUGGCUAUAUGGCUCCAGAAUUGGCAUACACAAUGAACGUCACAGAGAAAUGCGAUGUUUACAGCUUUGGAGUGGUUGCUCUGGAGGUGAUGAUGGGGAAGCAUCCUAGUGACCUCUUAACCUCCCUGUCGGCUAUCUCCUCUUCCACAGAAGAAGAUUUAUUACUCCAGGACACACUAGACCAGCGGUUGGAACCUCCAACGGGUGACCUUGCAGAAGAAAUUGUGUUCGUUGUCAGAAUCGCGCUCGCUUGCACACGGGCAAAUCCUGAAUCGCGGCCUUCCAUGCGAUCAGUUGCUCAGGAGAUAUCAGCUCACACUCAGGCUUAUCUUUCUGAACCGUUCAGACAGAUCACAGUAAGCAAGCUAACAGACUACCAGAAGUGA